UGACAGCUGCUGGCGGUGAGGAGGGGGGAGGAGAAGGGAGGCAGCGGGGACUCGGUCGCCUGCAGGAGGACUCACAUGGUCCUGCAGCAGCCGCACACAAACCACCGGGAGCCUCCUCUCCGUUCUCCUCUCCUUUCCUCCUCCUCCUCCUCUGAGUUCGUUUCUCCUUCCCGCCUCCCGCCGCGGCUCACUGCGGCUCGGACUCCGACCGCUAGCAGCGCCAUGGCUCGGGAGAACGGAGACCCCGGCAGAGGAGAGACGUGGAAAAAAAAAGUCGACGACAUCAAGAAGAUCUUUGAUUUCAAAGAAGUCCUCGGCACGGGGGCGUUUUCCGAGGUGGUCCUGGCUCAGGAGAAGCUGACGGCUCGAAUGUUUGCGGUCAAGUGCAUCCCCAAAAAGGCUCUGAAGGGGAAAGAGAGCAGCAUUGAGAACGAGAUCGCUGUUCUGAGGAAGAUCAAGCACGAAAAUAUUGUGGCGCUGGAAGACAUCUACGAGAGUCCGGACCACCUCUACCUGAUUAUGCAGCUGGUAUCUGGCGGCGAGUUGUUUGACCGAAUUGUGGAAAAAGGAUUCUACACGGAGAAAGACGCCAGCACGCUCAUCCGACAAGUGCUGGACGCCGUCCACUACCUGCACAAGAUGGGCAUUGUGCAUAGAGACCUGAAGCCUGAGAACCUGCUGUAUUUUAAUCCACAAGAUGAGUCAAAGAUCAUGAUUAGUGACUUUGGUCUUUCCAAAAUGGAGGGAAGUGGCGACGUCAUGUCCACCGCCUGCGGCACACCGGGAUAUGUGGCUCCAGAGGUUCUUGCCCAGAAGCCGUACAGCAAGGCAGUGGACUGCUGGUCCAUUGGAGUUAUUGCCUACAUUCUGCUGUGCGGUUACCCUCCAUUCUACGACGAAAACGACUCCAAGCUGUUUGAACAGAUCCUGAAAGCUGACUACGAGUUUGACACCCCGUAUUGGGACGACAUAUCUGACUCAGCCAAGGAUUUCAUCAGCAGUUUAAUGGAAAAAGAUCCAGUCAAGCGCUUCACCUGUGAACAGGCACUCAGGCAUCCCUGGAUUGCCGGGGAUACGGCUCUCUGCAAGAACAUCCACGAGUCAGUCAGUCGACAGAUGAGAAAGAACUUCGCCAAGAGCAAGUGGAGGCAAGCGUUCAAUGCCACUGCGGUUGUUCGACACAUGAGGCGGCUCCAGCUUGGGAGCAGCAUGGCGAGCAGCACAGACCCCUCCAACCCACACAAAAGACCGAACCAAACACAAAAAGUGGCACCAAACCAGAACCAGGCGGUCCAGGGCCAGCCAGGUCAGAGCCAAAACAUGGGACAGGAGGGGCAAAGCCAGAACGCAAAUUCAGCCCCCAGCAAAACCUCUUCCAUAGAUGGCACCGUUGUAGCUCCACGCAAAGAAUGUGUUACAGGACCGGCCACGCCCUGCAGUUUGGCUUCUGCAGCGUCUUCUACUACCACGGGGGCAGAGCUAAGCAGGCCACACCCCUCAGCGGUUCCCGCUCCAGUGCUCACAGAGACCAAGUGACGCCAGGUCCCACGGGGAACCAGCUGGGAGGCCACAGCGCUGUGAGCUAAAGAGGCAGAAAACAAAUAAAUAAAUAAGAGACAGAGGACAACAGCAGAGGAAGAAGAUCGACAUCUUCCUCGCCCCUCCUAGACUUCACCGCACUUCCUCUUUGGCAACCCUCCAACCUCCCC